GAGUGGUAGCGCGCGUCCAUGUGCAUUUCUUCGGCGGCAUGUUCGCGUACGUUCGUUUCCGCGACGACAACGAAAAGCGAAUCGUCCCAGUGGCUGCAUGUAAACACCUCAAGCCGAACGAUACGAGCGAUUUUAAUCCUCGCAAAUGGUACAAAGUCUUCUGGAAAGAUGAAACACACUGCGACCACUACCACGUGCGCUCAAGUGAUUAGGCUUUACGCUACCGAGGACGAUGCAAGGAAGGCUACCGAAAAACGAACUUCCAUUCCGCAAAGACCUGGCAGCGACUCCUCCUAUAGCUGCAGUUCAAAUGAAGUGGAUGGAUCGUUUGAAGAAGAAACGCAGCGUCAAGCUGCUGUUAAACAGAAAAUGAAGGAUGUGAGCAGCCAUUUUAAGAAGCAGCAGCGAGACCUCCUGUUUGGUGAUGCUGAGGGAGGAAAAAAGACCGAGAAAGAACUUCUCAAAGAAGAAGUGAAUAUGCUGAAGGCCGAAAAUUCAAAACUCUUGGACCGAAUAAGAAUGCUCGAAAAGGCCCUAUGCAGCAAAAUUUUCAAAACAGAAAAAAAACCUCGUUCUGUGCGAGGGCUGCAGCCGCAAGCCAGAACAACAAGUUGCGCCUUUGCCAUCGCCAUGUGCUGCCACGGUGCAGCUGCCACGCACCACCACCAUGCAGCCGCCGCGCACCGCUACCGUGCAGCCACUGCGUACCACCACAGCGAUCCCGGGCAGCCCUGAAGUGGCCCACACAAGUGCGAGGGAGGCCGAUUACGUGCCCACUGACGGAGAGGUAUUGUAAAACUCUAGUGUGCUUUGUCUUAAAGGUAUAAUGCUUUGCUGUAAUGAGAAAAUGUGCAUUGACACAUUGUUGUGUGCACAUCAUCUUUAACUUGUUUUAUAGGUGCAUCUGGGCAAAGGGAUCACCAUUCCUGAGGGCCUGUACAGCCGCCUCAUGAGCACAAAAAGCGAAACCCGCUUUGUUCGUGAGGCGGCCAUUGCCAUUUAUUCAACGGCAGGCUUGGUUGGGUGGAGUGUAAUUGGAACAGCCUCUAACCGGACAAAGGGAGAGGCAAAACCUCCCUUGGAUAAAGAAAAAUACGCUGUGCUUUCUGGUAGGGAAAAUUUCCCAGUCUGACUGGAGUUUAUGAAAGUAGUUGGCUGCAUUUUUGUGCAUAAUAGUAAGAUCAGCCGAGAUUCCACUGCCAACUUGUGUUAUAACUACUUACUAAGGCUUCAAGCCUCGUAUUUUUGUCUACUGGAGCUGGACACUUAUGCAAGUAUCAACAAACUAAUUAAAAAAAAAACAGACUGAUAGCACUCGUAUUUAUUUCCUUGUCAUAUUAACUCCUCUGUUUCGAGUGCAUAUAAUUGUCACCUAAGAAGUGCCCAUAAUUUGCUUUGUUUUUGAUCAUGCAGAUUUCUUCAACCAUUUCUUGAAAAGCAAUUUUCCAAUUGGAGAGGUCGAGCAAAAGAAGAAGAUACUAAAUAAGGCGCUCGCAAACAAAAUUAACGAUUUGAUGAAAUCAAAAGAUUCAGAAGUCAAUGGAACAUCAAAUAAAAGA